AUUCUCAACUUCACAUAAUUUCUUCUUCUAUUUUGCUUUUACAGUUAAUUAAUACAAUCCUCUAAACAUCGGCGACGGCAAAAUGACAUCGACGGCGGGUGAAUUCUCGAAGCUUAACAUUAAUGGCGAUUGGGCUUCCUCUGCUCCAAAUCUCCAGAAAAACCUCUCUCUUCUCUCCCCUGAACAGGUAGAGUUAGCGAAGAUGUUGUUAGAGAAGGAGCAAAGCCACUUGUUUCAGCACUGGUCGGAGCCCGGAGUUAAUGAUGAUGAGAAGCGUGCCUUUUUUGAUCAGAUUGCCAAACUUAAUUCAAGUUAUCCUGGGGGUUUGGUAGCAUAUGUUAACACUGCUAGGGAGCUUUUAGCUGAUUCAAAGGCUGGAAAAAACCCGUAUGAUGGUUUUACACCUUCCGUUCCAUCUGGGGAGGUUCUGACAUAUGGUGAUGAUAACUUUGUUCAAUUUGAGGAAGCUGGCGUCAAAGAAGCACGGAAGGCUGCAUUUGUUCUUGUUGCUGGAGGCCUCGGAGAACGUCUUGGGUACAACGGAAUAAAGGUGGCCCUUCCUAGAGAAACAACUACAGGGACAUGCUUCUUACAGCAUUACAUUGAAACUAUUCUUGCUUUACAAGAAGCUAGUUGCAGCCUUGCCGAAGGCAACUGCCAACCGGAGAUUCCUUUGGCUAUUAUGACGUCAGAUGACACACAUUUACGUACCAUGGAGCUCUUAGGAAAAAACUCCUUUUUUGGGAUGAAACCCACACAAGUGAAACUGCUUAAGCAGGAAAAAGUUGCUUGUUUAGAUGAUAAUGAAGCACACCUUGCUCUGGACCCCCAUAAUAAAUAUAGAAUUCAGACAAAACCUCAUGGCCAUGGAGACGUCCACUCACUUCUUUACUCAAGUGGUCUUCUUAAAGUUUGGCAUGAUGCAGGCUUAAGAUGGGUUCUUUUUUUCCAAGACACCAAUGGUCUACUUUUCAAGGCAAUUCCAGCAGCGCUAGGUGUCAGCGCGAUAAAACAAUACCAUGUCAAUUCUCUUGCUGUUCCUCGGAAAGCGAAAGAAGCCAUUGGUGGCAUUACCAAGCUUACUCAUAAAGAUGGGCGAACAAUGGUGAUUAAUGUGGAAUACAACCAGCUCGAUCCGUUGCUUAGAGCUUCUGGAUAUCCUGAUGGUGAUGUCAAUUCUGAAACAGGCUAUUCACCUUUUCCUGGAAAUAUAAAUCAGCUGAUCUUUGAAAUUGGCCCUUACAUUGAAGAGCUCACUAAAACAGGAGGUGCAAUAAAGGAGUUUGUUAACCCUAAGUACAAAGAUGCUACCAAAACUGCUUUCAAGUCCUCAACUCGACUUGAAUGCAUGAUGCAAGAUUAUCCUAAAACGCUGCCUCCAUCAGCUAGGGUUGGAUUCACUGUAAUGGAUGCUUGGCUUGCUUAUGCACCUGUGAAAAACAACCCAGAAGAUGCUGCCAAGGUGCCGAAAGGAAAUCCAUAUCACAGUGCCACUUCAGGAGAAAUGGCCAUAUAUCGCUCUCAUAGCCUCAUUCUAAGAAAGGCUGGUGUCAAGAUAGAUGAUCCGGUUAUUCAAGUCUUUAACGGACAGGAGGUGGAAGUAUGGUCUCGAGUUGUGUGGAAGCCGAAAUGGGCGCUUACUUUCUCGGAAGUAAAAAGCAAAGUGAGUGGAAACUGCUCCAUUUCACAAAGAUCUACAAUGGCAAUCAAGGGGCGAGAUAUUGCCCUUGAGGAUCUUUCCCUGGAUGGAGCUCUCAUUACUGAGGCUGUCGAUGGUGCUGAGGUGAAAGUGGGAGGUUCUGUGCAGAACAAGGGUUGGACAAUUGAAAAUGUCGACUAUAAGGAGACUUCAAUACCAGAAGAAAUAAGAAUCAGGGGUUUCAGAUUCAACAAGGUUGAGCAGUUGGAGAAAACAUAUACCGAUCCCGGAAAAUAUUUUUUGAAGCCAUAAGAUCUUGGGUUUGGAGAAGAAAAGUCUCUGGCGAAUAAAUGGCUGCAAGGAGGCUAUACUCCUCAUUCUUUCUCAAGAUUUGUGAUCCGGUGAGGAUGGAAAGUUUAGGUCGCUGCAGUUAGGUGGUAUCAGAUCUUAGGAUCUUGAGAUUUAUGAACAUUUCUGGGGCAUCUUGAACGUUGUCUCCGAGACAUGUUGUCCUGCUAUAUUCCAGAUUAAUAAGGGAAGGGUAGACUUGUCAUUACAUGUAUAUAAGGAUGGCAUAUUAGUAAUUGAUUGGAGAAAGAUUAGUUA